AUGGAAUCUUUGGCAAAAACCAUUCGUUUCGUCACGCUGAACUACCGAACACUAUCGAGUGAACUCCAACAAGCCUCUCUAUCCAGACUUCUGCGAUAUCUUUGCGUGCCUUUUGCUGCACUGCAGGAAACACGCAUGAGAGAUCAGCCCGUCAUCAGCAUCGAAAAUUACACCAUAUAUUGCGGCGAUGCUGAUGAGAACAAAGUAGCUGUCUGCGCGAUAGCUGUGAGGAACGAUUACAAGAACCUGGUAGAAGAAUUUGGCUCAACGUCGUCUAGAUGCGCCUUUUUACGACUGCGGGAUCGCAGAGGACGUAAACUCUGGAUCGUUAGUGCUCACGCACCUACGGAAACCGCUGAGGAUAACAAUAAGGAUGCCUUCUAUGAUGAACUAACUCAAUGCGUUGAUGUCUAA